CUUUAAAUCUGUAAAAUUAAAUAGUACAUUAGUUUAAUAAUUUUUAAAUAAUUUUAAAUUUGAUCAAAUAAUCUUAAGCCUCCAUAUUAUCAGCCUGCUUUGGUUCUGCACUAAUGAAGAAUAAUUUAUUUCAUGCAAGCUCGACUGAGUUAUAUUGACAUUUGAAUAUUGUCUAACUGAUGACCCCUGAAGAGAAUUAACAUAAACAUAAUGGUGUUGUUCAUGUAAACUAAGUAUCCCACAAAAUCAACAGGUGAAAGUCUAUAUACAGACUAGUAGACCUAAGCAGUAUUUCCGACAACGUUUUUUUUGUGUAGAAUAACAUAUCGUUCAAAUUUGCCUGAGAUGUUAAUCAAAAAGCUUAUAACUUAAUAACUCAGUUCAAGAUUUGUAAAAGGUUUAAAAGUAUGUGUUUACUUGUUGGAUUUCUACUGUUGCAAAGUAAGCAGCUGAGGCUAGCUUCUACUUUAUUUCCUUUAGUUUGCUACAGUCUAUAAACAACACAAGUUACAUGUAUUUUAUGGCAGAUCUGUAAUAAAUGUGUUUUUGUAACGAGACGUCCCUUAGAAAGAAAAUUUAACCCACACAGAUCACAUGUAGAAAAGUCACUCUUAAAGAAAUAUUUGGGGUAAAUUUUAAAUCUGUUUUUUGUAAAUGAAAUAAUACAGGUUUUGAGGUGAUAUUUGUUUAAAUAUUUAUGAUUGAAAAGCUUUUUCAUUCAGUUGUAUGUGUCAACACAAGUGUCAACUUGUAACAUGUAAAUACUCUUUAUGCUAAUAGUUUUGACCCCAUGUCUAACCAUUUCUAAGUUUACUUUUUUCCAUUUAUAAUUCCACAUAAUGUGGGUUUUUCUGUGAGCUCAGUGAAAACUUUCAGCUUGUCUUUUGUCUCUAAAACAAUACUUUUAUGAAAGAAAGUCCUGUCCGGGCUUCAUUAGCAUGGACCUCCUCCUGUGGGGCUGAAUGGAAAUGACAUUUAAAACAAUCACUUGUGCAGAAAACAGCUGCUAAUCACCCUUAAAGGGGAAGGAUUCCAAUUAAUAACCCUCUCCUAAUCCCCUCGUUUCACCUCCUACGCCCCCUCAGCCCCGUCCACCUCUCCCUCUCUCUCUUUCUCGUCUUCCACUGUCCUCCCUGAGCACGAGUGCAUGGCAUCUGAUCAGUGCUGUUGAGCCUCCUUUUUCAACAAGGUUGCAUGGUUUAGAAGCACAUUAUUGGACUGCUUUCUGAGUUUUUCUGUCAGGACUGUUUUACUACAUAGAGACAUCUUUGUGAGAGAUGAGAGGAAAGCAGAGCCGGCUGAGUGACUGCGAGCAGAGCACACUGCAGCGCUGGGAAGAGUGAAGUUUGAAGGAACAGGUGGAGCACUGGCAUCAGCAACUUUAUUACUUCAACAUAUAACCUCUAAAAGUGCCCAGACGCUCGAAUGCAUUUAUCACUGGAUACCAUGAGCAUGGUGGACGACAGCUGCCUCUCACCCAGCAACUUCCACGAGAUGGGGAAAGGUGGGGGCAUUGCUGCGGGGGGCCGCGUCCACAGCAUUGAUGUCAUUCUAGGUUUCAGCAAAGACCAGGACCCCCUGCUCAGCCCCGCCGGGGGCCCGCGGCCCCAUAAAGUGGACAUAGAUGGCCUGGCAGAGCCUGGGAAGCAGCAGGAGCCCCAGUCACACCCAACAUACAGCGGGCACCUUUCCUCUCUGAGAAAUGGGGGCACAGAGCAGCAGUAUCAUGAUACUGGCCUUUUCACAAACAAGUGUGACGAGGAGCUGAGUGAGCUGAGGAAGAGUGUAGAGAGCGAUGAAGGCAAGUCACCAGAGUCAUGCAAAGACGAUCAGCCCAAGAAGAAGCACAGACGCAACCGCACCACCUUCACCACCUACCAGCUGCAUGAGCUCGAGCGUGCCUUUGAGAAAUCCCACUACCCGGACGUGUACAGCAGGGAGGAGCUCGCCAUGAAAGUCAACCUCCCAGAAGUCCGAGUUCAGGUCUGGUUUCAAAACCGCAGAGCUAAAUGGCGUCGGCAGGAAAAGAUGGACGCCAGCACCAUGAAACUACAUGACUCGCCAAUGCUCUCCUUUAAUCGCUCGGCGCCCGUACACACCAGCAUGGGUCCGAUGACCAACCCCCUCCCCCUGGACCCAUGGCUGUCCUCUCCCCUGUCCAGCGCUACACCAGUCCACAGCAUCCCAGGCUUCAUGGGUCCAUCUCAAGGCCUCCAGCCGAGCUACCCCAGCCACAGCUUCCUCAACUCCAGCCCUCAUCCUCCUCAUCCUCCUCAUCCUCACCCUCACCCUCACUCUCACCCUCACUCUCACUCUCACUCACAUCCUCACCCCUCUAUGGGUCAGGGAAUGCAGAGUAUGGCUCCUCCGCCCUACCAGUGUCCUGCACCGUACCCUGACAAAUAUCCACUGGAGGACGUGGAUCAGCGCAGCUCGAGUAUCGCUGCACUCAGAAUGAAAGCCAAGGAACACAUCCAGUCUAUGGACAAGACCUGGCAACCUAUGUGACGAAACAAAUAAAGCAUGUUUAACAAAGAUGUGGAUGACACUGGAAAAGAGAGACUUGACGUUGUUUCAACUGUUCAGGGUAACACUUAACUAAAAUGCUGGAAAAUGACAGUGACCUUUCUGUUACCCACAAAGAAAGGACAUGGACGUGUUUGAACUUUGAAAACUGAGGACUUUCUUUGGACUUUCUCUCUAUUUUGUUUUUCUCAUCUCAAGGACUAAAAGCAAACGAUUGAACUCUACAGCCAUUCGUUCUCCCUUCUGUCUCUAGGUGUUUAAUCCUGCCUGGGUUGCUGUAAAGGCAAAUGUUUUCUAAGUGGCCAUUGUUCUAAU